GGGGCGCGGAAGCUAGUCCCGGUUUCGAUACGAGCUUUUUUUUCUUCUUCUUCCUCCAAGCGACAGUGACUCCAGCGAGCGCUUCACCCCCGACUGAAAAAGAAAUUUCAGCUGUACUUGAAGAAAUCUUUCGCCUCUUUGUUUUCUGUACUUGCGUUGUACUUUCUAGUUCUUCUGGCCAUCUGAUUUGUCGUCUUUUUUGGAGGUGUGUGUUUAAUUUGGUGUAAGCUCGCCGCUUCAACUCUCUGUUCGUCCUGCUGCUGCUGCUGCUGAUUUUCUUGGCGUCAAUGCGAGCUCAGGAGCUCUGCAUUUUGGAAUCUGGAAUCGCCGUUUGUUCGGCUUGGAUCUUCGUAGAGCCUUGUGUAGGAAUAGCCUGAUUUGGGGGUUUUGAUUGGUUUGUUUUGGAAGCGUUUAGUGAUAGGUCUCUUCUUUCUAAUCCCCCCUCUGCUGAUUUGGAUGAUCAAAAAAAAAAUUGCCCACUGAUUCUACAUCACUUGUGCUAUUUACAUUUUGAUUUAACUGUGAACUUUUUUCAGAAGCGAGGUUAAAUCAGAUUGAAUUCGUUCGGUGGAGGGCGAUAGUUUUUCAGAAGGAUCGCCAUUCUGACACUUGAUUUUUGUCGUUUGAACCGCUUCGUUGAGUGGCUGCGCUGCUCUGUUCUUCUUGCUCUGCUAGACUGCUACUGGAUUGCAUUUGUUGGUUGGUGUGUUAGAUAUGGACCAGCUGCGCAUCAUUGUGAAGGAGGAGGACCUGGACUUCGCCGCAGCCACGGCGGCGGCGGCGGGGGAGGGCUCGCCGCCGUCGUGGGCGGCCGGGAUGAUGGAGCUGCCUCGGCCAAUGGAGGGCCUCGGCGAGGCCGGCCCGCCGCCGUUCUUGAGCAAGACGUACGAGGUCGUGGACGACCCCAGCACGGACACCGUCAUCUCGUGGGGGUUCGCCGGCAACAGCUUCGUCGUGUGGGACGCCAAUGCGUUCGCCGCGGUGCUCCUCCCGCGCUACUUCAAGCACAGCAACUUCUCCAGCUUCGUCCGCCAGCUCAACACCUAUGGGUUCAGGAAGGUCGAUCCGGACAGGUGGGAGUUCGCGAACGAGGGAUUCUUGCGGGGGAAGAAGGAACUCCUGAAGACGAUCAAGCGGCGCCGGCCACCGCCGACGAGCCCCCCGUCGUCGUCGUCGCAGCAGCCAGCGGCGGCGUGCCUGGAGGUGGGGCAGUUCGGGCGGGACGGCGAGGUGGACCGGCUGCAGCGUGACAAGGGCGUCCUGAUCGCCGAGGUGGUGAAGCUGCGGCAGGAGCAGCAGACGACGCGCGCGCAGAUGCAGGCGAUGGAGGAGCGCAUCUCGGCGGCGGAGCAGAGGCAGCAGCAGAUGACGGUGUUCCUGGCGCGCGCCAUGAAGAACCCUGGCUUCCUCCGGAUGCUCGUCGACCGCCAGGGUCAGCACGGCCGGAACAGGGAGCUCGAGGACGCGCUGUCCAAGAAGCGCCGCCGCCCCAUCGAGUACCUCCUCCCCCGCAACGGCGAGACCAGCGCCGCCGCCGCCAGCGAGCCCGCGGCCGGUCUGGCCAACGGCGCGGCUGAGCCGGACGGCAGCACCACCCCGCGCGGCGACGGCAGCAUCAACAACCACGGCGGUGGCGGGGACACCGAGAGCUUCUGGAUGCAGCUGCUGAGCCUCGGCCUGGAGGAGAAGCAGCGGGAGGACGGCAGCGCCAGCGCCCAGGAUAGCAGCGGCGGCGCUGUCGUCGACGGCGACGGCGACGGCGACGACGACGACGACGUGGACGUGCUGGUGCAGAGCAUAUACCACCUCAGCCCCAAGUGAAGGCUCCAGAAGCUUCUGUUGCGAAGAAACGAAGGGUACGUUUCGUAGGAUGACGUGGCGAACAGUAGCGAGUAGGAAUGUAGGUGUAGCACGCACUUGUGUUCUUUCCGAAAGAAUUUCCCCAAAAAAGCAAGAUUUUUAAAGUUUUGGGGCAUCUUGUCACCGACUGCAAGUGGCCAAAAGGAGAUUGCGCUUGCGGAUAGGGUGGGGGCAGAGGCUACUAGCCCCACUGGCGAUGGAGAUAUCCAAGAAGUCGCGAAGCUUCUCCCGCUGGGGGAAGCUUCUAGAUGUGCAGAAAGUAGUUACGGAUGUUCGAGAAUCUGGGAAGCUUCUAGAUGUCCAGAAAGUAGCUACGGAUGUUCAAGAAUCUGAGAAGCUUCUGGAUGUCCAGAGAGUCUAGCUCAAUGACCUGGGAAGCUUCUAUAAAUAUUUGUUAUCCAAAUUAUCAUCUACUUUGAAUCAUCUUUUCGUUUAUACUUAUGAAUUAAAUUAAAGUUUAAUUCUAAGUUAAUUUUAGAUUUUCUUUGUAUCUAUUUUUCCUCGUAAUUUGCUUUUGUAUUGUUUAGAAUAUUUA